AUAAAGUAAUUUAAAAUCGAUGAACUAGUAAAUGUCAUAGUGAUAUAUAACAUUACUUUCAGCAACUGUCGUUCAUUUAACAAAAAGUUGUCGAAUGAGUGAAGUGAAGUUCAUUGACUGCGAUCAUAAAAGUCAGAAAUCUCAACAAAAUGUACAUUGCUGUUAUUUGCACCAUUCUACUUGUGUCAUCAAAUUUAGUAUCAGGAAAGAGACUAGGUAACAAACCGACAAAAAAACUAUUUCAAGAAAAAGUACUGGAUAGUCUAAGUGAAAUAAAAAAUGAGCUCAGUGAAAGGAAAGUAAUUUGUGAUCAAUCGGAGAUAUUGGAAAUUGCCAAAAGACGUAUGAAGAGAGUUGAUGACUUUGUUUUCGAUGGAUUUUUCAAUCAAAGUGAGGCAUUCGUCGAUGAAAUGUAUGAUGAGAAUGCUAUCUUAUUCAACCCAGGCCAAGAACCAAUUAUUGGAAUUCAAGCGAUAAAAGAUACAUUCAGAACGUCAUUUAAGCCGAGUAAUAAUCUUGUAACUGAGGUAAAAGAGGCGUUUCCUCUUUCGGACUGCAACGGCUUUGUGAGCAUGGCACGUCACGUUUGGACAUUAACAGAUGGGACUCUCCUAAUAAGGAGAUCAGCGAAUACAUGGAAAAAGUUGGAAGAUGGACAUUGGGUGAUGAUAAGGGACUUUCCACAUCAAGAACAAGAAAUUCCUCCCCCUGAUAUAGCCCCGCCUUAAUGUAUUUUCGUGCGCCUUCAGUUUGUUUUACAAUACAUUAUAAAAUGGCCAAAUAUAUUUUACAAACAUAAACAAGUAUUGUUAUGUUCAAUACUGUUGGUGUUUAU